AUGUACAAGGUGCACGCGAUUGUCGCUACCGUGCAAGUACAAUGCAGCCUAUUCUCGGGGGUUACCCCCGAACCUCUACCGGCCUCGCCCAGCCCGCAUGCAGCAGACGAGCGAGGUGCAUUUGAUGCCGAGUGCAGGCGCACUUCCAGCAGCCCUCAUUCGCGCAGUGCUCGGGAUUUGAAGAACAGCGGUCUACCUACAAAACCAAACCAUCACAUUCCAUCAUCGCGGCACUCGCCCGAGCCUGGAUCAACUGACCUUGAGGGUAAUUAUCUUGGUCCCUCUUCUGGCGUAUCGUUCAUCAAUCGUGUCUGGAGUCGUCUGCACCAGGACGAAACGCGUUAUCCGGGUGAGCAUCAAUAUGAAUCGUCACAAAAUACGGCGGUGUUCAUGUUUGGCGAUAAACCUUACGUUCACUCACCGGAAGCUGAAUUUACCCUCCCGUCUUUGGAGAAGGCUUUAGAGCUAGUGGGCAUUUAUUUCGAUUUCUCGAUGGUGACUUAUCGCUUCAUUCAUCGGGGUAAUGUCGAAGAAUGGACCAGGCAGGUCUACCAACACAAUAUCAGUCUCGCCAACCUUCCUAUAGGCAAUAUGGUGGCUAGAACUGCUAUAGUUCUCAUGAUCUUUGCUGUGAGCAAUCUAUACAUGGAACUGAGGCCUGGUGGAGUGCCAGGAGGACGAAGUGAAAGUGAGCUUUGGUUCGCAGCCUCCAAGUAUAUGUCUUCUCUUGAAGUUGGGCCACCGCGAUUGGAAACGAUACAGGCUCGACUAUGUCAAUGUCUCUACCUGCUGUCCUCCUCGCGCGCCAACGAAUGCUGGUACUCAUUCGGCACGACCACACAGCUUGUCACUGCGCUUGGUUUGCACAGGAGGCUGUCAGGCAAGCUGUCUAAAAACGGAGGGUCGUGUUUGGAGCUGGAGCUUCGAAGGCGCAUCUUUUGGAGCGUGUAUACUUUAGACAAAUAUCUAAGUAUAAUGUUUGGAAGACCUCGAUUGUUACACGAUGAGGAUAUCGACCAAGACCUUCCCGACGAGAUGAAUGAUGAUGAUUUAUUGGAAGAAGAUCCGACCCGUCGUACAGGAUCUACAGAUAGCAUGAUGAUCGCUUCUGUUCUUCAUUAUCGCAUCUAUCCCAUAUCUCGAGACUCUCCCCUCGAAACCGCCGUCAGACUAACCUCGGAGCUUGAAAAAUGGAAAGAAACAGUUCCGCCUUUGUUCAACAGCGUCCGCCCAUCCAGCCUGAUCCCGCCCCUUUGCCGCCAAAGUCAAGUUCUUCAACUUGCAUAUUCACACGCCAUGAUCCACGUCACGCGUUCAUUCCUUCUCAGCGACUUUACGGACCUCAGCCGUAGACCCAAAGUUCCACAUCCAAUGGUCAGCUCUCAUGUUCACAAAUGCAUACAGGCUGCUGAGGACAUCAUGACCAUAAUCGAUGAUCUCGCGCAGCAAAACGUGCUCAUCCAUUCAUUCUGGUUUACACACUAUGUAUGCUUUUGUGCUAUCCUAGUCGUUUAUAUCCAUACAAUUCAACAAUAUCGAACGUCGAUGGGGGCAUCAAGUUCAGUUUCCGUUUCCUCAGCCGCAAGUCCCGGGGAUCCUGAUAAGCUGCGUGUGCUUUUUUCACUGGCUGAAACUUGCCAAAAGCAUCUUGCCGAAGCCACACGGAAGAAUUGCCCCAGUCGACGUUACGGGAUCAUUCUUGAAGAGCUGAGACAGGAGGUCCAUCGGCAGGUUGGCUCAAAUGAGUUCUGGAUUGACAUGGGUCAUCCCGCUGAACAUUAUCAGCCCCGUUUGUCAGAGUCCGCCGAUCAUGCGGCUGUCCGUCCAGAUGCAUUAGACACUCCGACGGAGGGGUUCCCCGCCAUGCAGCCAGCCGAAUUGGGAUUUAAUACAGGAGACGAUGUGGGAUUUCUUGAAAGUCUGGAAGGGUCGGUUUGGUGGGCUCAGCUUGAUUCAUGGGCUUUGUCUAAUUUUCCCAACGAUCUUUCGACUUUUAACUUUUGA